UCGUCUGUUCUCGACUCGACCACGCUGCUCAGUCUGUUUUGAAUAUUCAACGCUGACGUUGGGUCGAUUCCGUGUCGAAAAUGUUUUUCCAACUCUUAUCUGUAAGGUUGGGUGUGUCACUGAUCCUUUUAAUCAGUGGACAAUGGACUUCAGCUCGUCCCCAGAAUCCUUACUACGUGGAAAACGGCGGACAUGGAUAUCCGCACCAUCAUCGCCAUCAUGGUCAUCACGGACAUGGAUCAGAAUAUGGACCAGGAUCCAAUGGACCACCCCCCUUUGCCUUCGGUCGUUUUCCACCGUCUCCUUCGUAUUAUCCAGCUAACCAACCAUCUGGAGGUCGUCAACCGUUUUAUCCGAAUGGUGGUGCAGUUCAAGGACAACCUGGCAGUCCAUUUCACCAACAUGGAGGUGGUUUUCAUAGAGGACAACAGGAAUACCCCUACCCUGUAGGUGAUUUUAACAGGGGGCAUCCAGGCCUCCAGCAACCCGGUGGAGAUUUCAACAGGGGCCAACCCGGUUUUCGGCAGCCAGGAAAUGAAUUCAAUAGACCACAACCCUCUGGAAGGGCGCCAGGACAUCAACAACCGGGCAGCAGUGAGGAGCUUCCCACCUACCCUCGAGGAUUGGAACCCCAGCAGCCGGGUGGUGAUGCAAAUACCCUACAGCCUCGACCUGGCCAAAACCCUGGUGGAUUCGAACAGCCAAAUGAAAAUGAAGGCGGAUUCCAACAGCCAGGCCAAAAUAAUGGGGGGUUCCGGCAACCAAGCCAAAAUUCUGGAGGAUUCCGGCAACCAGGCCAGAGUACUGGAGGAUUCCAACAGCCAGGCCAGAGUACCGGAGGAUUCCGGCAGCCAGGCCAGAGUACUGGAGGGUUCCAACAGCCAGGCCAGAGUAUUGGAGGAUUCCAACAGCCAGGCCAGAGUAUUGGAGGAUUCCAACAGCCAGGCCAGAGUAUUGGAGGAUUCCAGCAGCCAGGCCAGAAUUCUGGGGAGUUCCAACAACCAGGUUUAAAUCAGGGACGGAAACCCGGUACUUCCAAUAAUUCCAUACAACCGCGUCCCGGAAGCCCAGAUGAAGACUUCUCCGACUUCAAUUUCCAGUCCCCCAAGACUUUGCAGCCUCGACCCGGUCAGGAUCACGAAACUGGGGGCUCUGGCGGAGCGCAGACAAUUCAACCGAUUCCCGGGCAGUCUUCUGACAAUGUGGGCCAAAACAUCAAAGACCUUUUCAACACCCAAGAUUUUCUGUCACCAGAAUUGAGCACAGCGCCUGGAGCCAACCGAGAUCCCAAGUCGGAUGCAGAGGAAGCAGGUCCAGAAUCGGUGAAUCAGCGCAGUCUCUUCAACCUGGAUCCCAAGUGUGCAGAAGGACUCAAGGUCAUGGCAGGUCGUUGCAGGAAGGAAGCCUAGGGAAUUCGCAUUCAAAUUAAAUUCUGACUAAUACUGUUUCAUGUACACAAUACAUAUUUCAUUGUGCCAUUAAAUCUGUCAUUAUGUGUAAUAA